AUGCCGUUCAUUUCAUCACCGGGUGCUUCUCCCAAUGAAACGCAAAAGAGAAAGAAUGAACAACAGUCGCAGUCAACGGAGCCUAAGCGGCAGAGGAUUAUGGGUGGUUUCCUGGACGAGGACGACGAAGAUGAGGAUGACCUGGCGGCUUUCCAUGAUGCCCAAAUGAGAAGUCAGUUUGAAUUGCAAGAGCAAUUGAUUGAGCAGGAGCCGGUGGAAUUGCCGCAAAUCACCCCGAAGCCUACACUUGAAGUGCGGACUACCACGGCCAUCACGAGUUCAACGAUCACCUCAAUCGCAGUGUCCUGCGAUCCGCCAAGACGAAGAACUCAAGCCAUCCAGAUCAAAACGUGCUCAGGAAAGACCCACACAAUUCCAUUGAAACAGACUACAACGCGUGUGUCCUAUGAACGCCUUGUCGCCAGUCGCUCAACUACCGCUCCAGGACGGGCGCAAAAGUGUUACUAUGGCAUCGACAUCCAUAGUAUCCUGGACGAGGCCGCGAAAGAGGGCGCACAAUUGGAAGCGGCGAGAGCACUCGCCGAUCGAGCAGUACAGAAAUCAAUCGAAACGCCCUUAGAUGACCCAAGAAGUAAAAAGCUGGCAGGGGCGAUGUGGACUGAAAAGUAUCGCGCUCGCAAGUUCACUGAACUCAUUGGGGAUGAGCGCAUACACCGGUCGGUUUUGCGCUGGUUGAAGGGCUGGGAGCCCAUCGUGUUUCCUGGUCUCGCCAAAUCUAGACCGAAAAAGCAAGGAAAAAAUGAGGACGACGGGGAAAGGGUGCACAGAAAAGUUCUGCUUCUGUGUGGUCCUCCAGGCCUUGGAAAAACUACCUUGGCACAUGUUUGUGCAAAACAAGCAGGCUACGAAAUUCUAGAAAUCAACGCCAGCGAUGACCGCAGCAGAGACGUUGUGAAAGGGCGAAUCAGAGAUGCGCUGGGUACCGAAAAUGUCAAGGGCAUGAACGUCGAGGUAGGCGGUCGCAAAGUUCGAAAGGCUGGACGACCAGUCUGUGUUGUCGUCGAUGAAGUGGAUGGAGUUGUUAGCGGCUCUGGGAGCGGCGGUGAAGGCGGCUUCAUGAAGGCGUUGGUCGACCUUGUCUUACUUGAUCAAAGGAAUAUGGCACGUUCAUCAGAUCCGAAUGCAAAGAGUGGCCACAAGAGGAAGGGGGACAAGUUCCGAUUCCUGCGCCCCUUGAUCUUGGUAUGCAAUGAUGUAUAUCACCCAAGCUUACGUCCAUUGAGAACUUCCUCCAUUGCCGAAAUCAUUCAUGUCCGCCAAGCGCCCUUUGAAAACGUUGUUUCUCGCCUGAAGAACAUAUUGACUCUAGAAGGCAUUCCAUCGGACAACGAUGGAGUGCGGCGACUCUGCGAAGCAUCGUGGGGGCUCUCAAGAAAGAAGAGUGGUGGGAUGAAAAGCAGUGGAACAGCUGAAGGCGACAUCCGGAGCGUGCUUGUAGCGGCGGAAUGGGUAGCUCAUAAAUUAAGGAAUGAGAGCCUGUCUUCUCUCAAGUUGACAAGGAGCUGGUUUGAGAAACGUGUUCUCAGUGGUCCGGCAGAAGGCUCAUUCUUCAAAGGAUUAAGCCGCGGGGGAGUACGAGAUAUCGUGGAUCGAGUAUUUUUGGAGGGUGGAGGGUUUCCGGAUGCCCCUGUGAACUCUGGAUCGUUCCAAGAUCCAUACGACAAUUCCGAUCGAAACGUGCCUCUUGGGGUUGCAGAUCUCCGGAAACGUCACGCCAUCAACAAGCUACGCGAGAUGAUAGAUGCUAGCGGCGAUCAGGAUCGGUGUGCCUCUGAAUGUUUCGCUACGUACCCGCUUCAGUCAUACCAAGAUGAUACUUUUCUUUCGAAGCCUAACGCGGCAUACGACUGGCUUUACUUUCAUGAUACCAUUUCCUCGAAAGUCUAUACUUCCCAGGAAUGGGAGCUUACACCUUAUUUAAGCCAAUCAGUCAUAGCGUUCCACCACCUAUUCUCCUCCGUCGGAGGCAAAAGGAUAUCAAAGAAUCACGAUGAGGACGAUGAAGAAGAAGAGCAUCCUUUCUCGGGAUCCAGAGCAGACUUUGCAGCCUUUGAAGCACAGAAACAAAACCGUGCUAUUUUGAACGGGUUCCAAUCUUCUUUCUCAGCACCGUUACUGAGAUUGUUCCGCUCAACGGACAGCUUGAUCACAGACCUCGUUCCGAAUCUCAUGCGUAUGCUAUCACCUGAUGUGAAACCUGUCGUUGUUCGUGGAAGCGGGGAGCAAAGAAGUGUGGCUAGUGUCAGGAAGGAGAGUGAACGGGCUCUCGUGCAGGCAGCUGUUCGUGUCAUGGCGGGCUUGGGCGUGACUUUUGAGAAAGUACGGGUUGAGGGCGAGGGUGGUGGACACGGCGGAUUUGCCUACCGCAUGGAACCACCCCUGGAUUCUCUUGUAGCAUUUUCCAAGGUCAAGGGAACCUUAGCAGACACUGGGAGCUCCAUGCCUGUCCGAUAUGCCGUCCGCCAGGUACUAGACCAGGAGUAUCGCAAGGAAACCACGAGGAAGCAUUCCGAGGCGUUGACUUCGUCCAAGGCCGACAAGAAGAACGGCAAAGCUGACGGUGGGAACGCCGGGAAGAAUGCCACUCUGAAGGAUGCACCAGGCAUCAAGCGCGACUUCUUCGGGAGAAUCAUUCAAAAGCCGGAACCGCAAUCACAAACGUCGGAUGGAAUUCCAAUGCAGAAUGAAACUUCGAAAGCUGGAAGAAAGGUUUGGAUUACUUAUCAUGAUGGUUUCUCCAAUGCCGUGCGCAAGCCGAUUUCGUUGAGCGAACUGAUGGCUGGACUUUGA